UAAAAGAAAGAGCACAGAUAAAAAUGGCAGAGGCAGUGAAGGUUGAGAUUGAGAACACAGAGAUGAUAAAACCAUCUUCUCCAACUUCCCCAGAACUUAAAAUCUUCAAGCUCUCCCUUAUUGACCAGCUUCAUCCUUCUUUUUUCACACCUAUACUUCUCUUCUACUCCAUGGAUAAAAACUCCACACCUGCUUCAAAUAAGUCCCAGCAUCUAAAAUUGUCACUUUCAAGGUAUCUUACUCUUUUUUACCCUCUUGCAGGAAGAAUCAAAGACCAUAGCUCAAUUAAUUGCAACGAUGAAGGAAUUGUCUUUAUUGAAGCUCAAGUCAAUUGCCCCCUCUCAGGAAUUCUAAAACAGCCUCCACCAGUUGAGGUACUUGAACGAUUUCUUCCUGGAAUUGAUCAAUCUCUUGAAGUGCGCACUGAGCAGCCUUUACUCUUUGUCCAAGAAAACUUGUUCACAUGUGGUGGAAUAGCAAUUGGGCUUCAAAUUUCACACAAGAUUGCUGAUGCAGCCACCAUUGGAAUCUUCCUUAAAGGCUGGGCUGCGGUGGCUGCUGAUGGUUCCAGGGAGAUACUUGUUCCAAAUCUCACUGCAUCUUCGUUUUUACCGCCUAUGGAUGUACCUCUCAUAUUACCAGCUGAUGCGAUAAAGGUCAUAGCAAGUAAGCCCACCUCAAGAAGAUUGGUGUUAGAUGCCUCAAGUAUUGCUGCUCUUCAGGCAAAAGCUGCCAGUUCAAGCGUGCCUAACCCAACGAGAGUAGAAGCUGUGACUGCAUUUAUCUGGAAACAUUCAAUCAAAGCUGCAAGAUUGAACUCGGGGUUUCCAAAGCUCUCUGUAGCAUCCCAAGCGGUUAAUAUACGUAAACGAAUCGUCCAAAGCUUGCCUGAAAACGCUGUUGGAAACAUUUUGGCAUGCUAUUUUGUCUCGGUCAGGGAGAUAAUAGAGUUGGAAAGCUUGGUUAGUUCCUUGAGAAAAGGAUUACAAGAAUUUAGCAAGACCUGGUUGGAACAUUUUCAAAGAAAUGAUCCACUGUCUGCGUUUGUUGGGCUCUUAGAGCAAAUUUCUGGGAUGCCACGAGAAGGGAGUACUGAUUUCUACAACUUUGCUAGUUGGUGUAAAAUGCCACUAUAUGAAGCUGAUUUCGGGUGGGGAAAGCCAACUUGGAUUGCUAUCCCUAGAAUGGAGGUAUAUAAUGCUGCGACAAUAAUGGAUACAAGGGAAGGCGGUGGAAUAGAAGCUUGGUUAUGCCUGAGCGAAGAGGACAUGGCCUUGCUCGAACAUGAUGAAGAGCUACUUGCAUAUGCUACCUUUAAUCCAAGUAUCAUAUAGUUAUUGUUUUUUCUUUUUUAACAGAAAUAUCAUAUACUUCCUGUCAUAUGCUAGAAAGGGGGCAGAAAAAUUACAUAAGUGAGGUACACAUUUGGUGGAAA